UGGCGUUUGAAAUGUUUACUUGUUGUUUGGUAAUGGGAUCGUAAAUUAUUUAUUUUAUGGAUGUUAAUAUUGUUUCUAUGUUGGCCAAAGUAUGAAUGUGGAAAAAAUUCACGUUUAGUUGUUUUACCAAAUACGGCUCUCUUGCUGAUUUAGUUUGCCAUCGAUGAUUCGUUUCUUCUACGCUUAUUUGCUGAUGCCUUUGAUGAUUCCUCCACCAUCACUUCUUUUUCCUGUUCCCAUUACAAAUGAAAAGAUAGAAAAGGUUGUGGAACCUGAGCCAGUUUAUGUUAGCAGGGAAGAACUUGAGGACAGACCCACGCUUCCCCGCUCCCGACAUAAAAGAGACGAGCCUGAGGAGUUGAUCGAAGGGGACCAGCAAGAAGCGCUCAGUGCGGAUGCCAUGGAGACCAUUAGGAAGAUAAACCCCCUCACUAUUGCCAAUCAGGUUUCAGAGUUGUUCCACAAAAAUGACCCGAAAAACAAUCCUUCUGAGAAGUCUUCUUCACGUGUCGACCUUAACACCCUGGGAAACGAAGAAGAGGCUUACAACCCCAUCAGAGAUGCAGAUCCCCAAGCGGUCGCCAACUUUGCAGUGCAGCCAGAAACUGAAGAGUUGAAUCGAAACCCGUCCCCACUGUACGUUCAACAAGAGCCGCCCAAAAUUGUGAAUAAACCUCGCCCCAACGAGUUCGGGUAUUCUGUCAUCGUUCUAGCCGGGGAUCCCGUAAAUCUUCCCAUCAAGGUUUUGAGCAAAGGAAUGCAAGAGGACCAAGAUACGCCGGGGAAAGAAGACUUGGAGGAUAAAAGUGAGGAAAAGGCAAAUUGUUACAAAAAUCCUGAAGAGGGAUCAAUUCCAAAGGAAAAGACAUUCGAGGAGGAGAUGCGAGUUCCUAAACAGUAUAACGUAAAGACUGAAUUUCCGGUUUACGAUGAGGAUUUCAGUUUUAUCCCUGAUCCCUUCCAAGGAAUCCUGGAUGAGAAUUAUUUAAAGGAACAUGGGACACAGAGUGAUUUCACUCUGCAGAAAGAAGAAAUUCAACGAUUCCAACCACAUGCAGUUUACGUAAGGAGUAACGAAGCCCAAGAUCAAAAGGAGGCUAGAGGAAGUGAUUCCCAGUGCGGAUCAUGGAAAAAUAAUAUGACAGCUGCUGUAACGAGAUAGAAGACAAGAUUAAACUUCAAUUGUUGUCGUACUUACUUAAACGCAAGAAGAGAAGCGUAAGCUUUAUCUUGUGUUAAGAUAUGUUAGAAUUUUCCAAAAAGAAUUGCCAUCCAAUUGCACUUAGUUACUGGAAAAUUGAAGUCCAUCACAUUACUAAUACAUUUUACAUCAAUUUUAUAAUCAAUUAAAAUACAUACACGAUUUUAUUACAUAGGAAAGACAAUUACUCCAUGAUUUCAAAUUUGCUUAUUGUAUACCGAAACGUAAUGAAAAUUUUAUAUUUAAGUAAAAUUAUAAUUUAUCUUAACGUGAUUAUUAUAAAUAAAUAUAUUAUUUAGUCUAAAUGUAAUAAAAAGUCAAUACGAUUAUUUAUUGA